GUUUUUCGUCAGUCUAAUAGCUACAUAAACAAGUGGACAUCUUAUAUCGCAAACGUUUAGUUGUCAUUUUAAAUUUACUGAAACGUGGAAAUGAUAUUUGUAAGAUCAUGCAAUAAAGGUCAUAGACGACAGUAGUACGGGUAACUCAUUAUCUGAGAUGGCAUCUGUAAAGAGCCCAACAGCUCUUUCACCGAUGCAGCCAAUCAAGGUGGAUAUAGAUGAAGCCUUUGGAGCCAGAAGUGAGCAGUCUUCUGUUCCCGUGAGUCCUAGGAGGGGCAAGGCACACAUCCCUAUCCGAGCAAGCAUCAGCCCAAAGAGGCUGAAGGUGUGCAAUGGCAAGGGUGAUCCACAUUUCGGCCUGCCCGGCGAGACGCUAGCAAAGAAGAGUCAGAUUGUCGGGUGUCGGGUCGACUCGUCGAACGUUGCCACGGGUCUUCAUAGGGGCAGGUCUGUCGACGAUACUUCCUCCGUUGACCAGUAUAGGGGCAAACUCUGCAACUGCACGACAGAGCAACAUCAUUGCACAUACGCGGGUUGCGAGCCGUGUGCCAGUCCGAGAUGCAAUCAACUAGAGGUGCCUUCUAACGACACGCCGAAAAAGUGUCGUCCAGGAACGUUAGAUAGUGCGCAAGCAGCUCAAACGCCGGUGCCUCCAUCUGUAGCCUGUUCCAGCCCUAGGAAGAAAAAGUUUCACGAAGGCCAGGAGUGUUUGUCUCGAUGGAAUGAUGGUCUGCUGUAUCUGGCUACAGUCGUCAAGCUGGAUAAUGCUGGUGAAAGAUGUUUGGUAGCAUUUGAAGACAACUCUGAACACUGGGUCUUAUUUAAAGACCUGCAAAGCAGUGAAGAGGAGCCUCGCUCAGAGGUAGUCUGCUCCGUCUGCGAGUGUGCUGAGUGUGAAAAGCCCAAUGAGAUCGUCAUAUGUGAUAACUGCAGCUUGGGCUAUCAUCAGCAGUGCCACAGCCCGCCUAUUGAGGCCAACACAAUGACUGGUGGAGUGCAGUGGAGCUGCCGUCAGUGUGUCUUCGCCAAGACUACAAAGAGAGGUGGAGCCACCAAACUGGGUCCAAAUGCAAAGGCCUUGCAAGCAUAUAAAAAGGCACUACCGUACAAGCUGAGCUCACUCACGUGGGAUGCUCAUCACAAAACCAAUUCACAGCAAUGCUACUGCUAUUGCGGUGGACCAGGCGAUUGGUAUAUAAAAAUGGUGCAAUGCUGCCGGUGCAAACAGUGGUUUCAUGAAGCAUGCGUGCAAUGUCUAAAAUAUCCUCUGAUGCUGGGAGACCGUUUCUACCUGUUUGUAUGCUCUGUGUGCAAUCAAGGACCAGAGUACAUCAAACGACUAGAUCUCAACUGGUCUGACGUCACACAGCUUUGUCUGUUUAAUCUGACGCUGCAGCCUGUCAGCAACAGCAAAUAUCAUGACAUUGAGGAAUCCAUCAUGCCUUGGAUAUCCAGAAACUGGGUGAAUCUCCAGCUUGGACAGAUCGCAUCCACGCCGGCCGAGCAGGCGACCGGCAAGGUGACGGACGCGCUGCAGCACUCGAAGACGCGCUUCCAGUGCGGCCGCGAGAUCCGGAAGAGGAGCACGCUGUGGAGUCUGCGCAUCCGCGUGCCUCCGCAGGCGCCCACCGUCAUCCUGCCGGCGAUCGGCGAGAUCACCGACGACGUCAUGCGUGACAUGAAGAUGACGGGCCGCAAGACGAAGAUGUUCGUCCCGAUGCAGAGCCUAUCGCCGGUCCCGCUCAGGUCUAGCCAGAAGCGACGCCGUUCGGAUAUGGAGAAGCAACACGACAGAGCUCGCCAGUGCUACCUCAGGGCUACUACGCGGGACGUCGUGAAGAAUCCGUUCAGUAGUAACCAGUCGUAUGCGGGCUACAACGGGGAUGAUAGAGCGUGGGAUUGCGACGAUGAAACAUCCUCCCAGGGCACCCUGGACAGUAUCAUUCCUCCACCGGACUCCUUCGAUGGCACUAACAACCCAUUUCUGUUCUAUGACGAUCAUAAGCAGAAGAAAGUGAAACUCGUCAAUCUCUCGGAGACGGGCGUCGGCAAGCGGCGCCGCGGCCGGCCGCCGAAGAACGCCGCGAGUAAGGCGCGCGCGUUCCUGCUGCCACCUCUCAACGGGUUCGUGCGUCUCCGGCCACCUAUGCUGCCCCCGCCGGCCCCCUCCUCGUCGUCGCGCGGCGGUCGGCUGCUGACCGGACUCCAGGUGAAGCAGAGCGCGCUGGACCAACCGACGUCCAUGCAGGCGCUCAAGUCGUCAGUCACGAACUACUUUGGCGCAACGCAGAGGAUCGCCAACGGGGAGCGCUUCUCGAUCCUCGGACGCCGGAUCCUGCCGAGUGGACAAGUGCAGUACUUGCUCAACUGGGAGUAGGCGGUUGCCACGUCGGGGUGGCCCCCCUCCCCCGGGGGUGGGGCGGGGCGACGGCUGAGGGUGACAUACGUGAUGGAGUGGAAACGAUUUUCGACCGCGAAUGUCUUCCCGUCACUGAUCUUUCCGUUGAGCCGACUAGCUUGCCUUGUUCGUGACUGUUCGCUGCUGAUCGACCUUCUGUCACUCAUGCUAUGUCCUCUCCGGUUACAUUCUGCCUUUUAGGUUGUUCGUGUGGGUGUAGGAUAUUGUCUGGAUAUUGUAUAUUUUUUCCCGAAUUGAGUUGCAUUAGUAUACCAGUUUCCGGUUCGUCUGGUUUUAUCCGGAUCCUUAUCAUGUAUCUAUAUAUUAUAUUCAUCAUUUUUAUACCAAGUGCGUCGUGUUUGUAUUACUGAUACAAUUUAUAUGUUCGCUGUUAUCAGAUGUAUUGUGUAUUUUAAGAACACAUGCUUACGUGGGAUCAUGUUUGGCAGUAAAUGUUUACGAAGUUUCGAUUAAUCGUGUUCAGAACAUUGAUAACCGGCUCUUGUGUGACGUCUUAUUAUCUCGUUGUUAUCGUCACGCUACUGUUACGUACCACUUCCCACACCCACAAACUCUCGCAUCUAACUUCUAUGUCUACUCGUUUCGACUUCUAUGAUCAAGUUACUUUUUUGUAAAGAACUUGAUCUCGAUUUGCGUUGAAAACACUUACAGCGUCAUUGUUAUGUAGGUUGUAGAGGGCGCAGGAGAGAGAGCGAGUGUGUGAAGGGGAGUGGUCAAGACGUUUAUCGUUUAUAGUAUGUAGUGUAUGAUAGAGGAUAGGUUAUUCAACGUGAGAAUUGUAGUUGCUUUCGUCGCUGGCUAGCAAGGGAGGAUGGAAAUUCAUGUAAGAAACCGUUUAUAGAAGCGGUUCUGUGAGAAAAUUUUAUACUACAUUUUAUAACAGAAUUGCAGUUUAUGCAAGAAAUUAUCUAGUUUUUCCCAAAUAAAAUAUUGUUUUUUAUGAAAUA